AUGAUACAAAUAACAUUUGAUACACUUGUUUGUAUAUCACAAAUUGGUAAUAAAUUUUGUCCAUUUUUUUUAAUUACAUCAGAAAUGUGGAUUAAUAUAUUAGGUUGUCAUAUAUGGACAAGUGAAUUUUUAAAUAAUUUAUUUAAUACAUUUACUAGACAAACAAUUAUUACUAUAAUUAUUGAACAUUGUUUAUCAAUAUAUAUACCAAAUUUAAAUUUAUUAAAUUAUCCUAAAUUAUUAGGUGGUAUCUAUUGUUUAUCAGUAGCAUAUAAUAUAAUUUCUAAUUUAUAUUUAAUUCUUUUAGUUAAAUUAGAUCAAACUGGUCAAUGUUUUGUUAUUUCAAAAAUGUUAAUCAGUAGUAGUGAUCGAUUAGAAUUAAUUAUAUUUAGUUAUGUCUCAUUAAUACUUGGUGAUAUUAUACCAUUAUUAGUAAUAAUCAUUGUAAUUAUAUUAAUAAUAUUAUAUUAUUAUAAAAUUAAAAUUAUUACAAAAGAUCAAAUUCAAAUUAAACCAUUACAAAAAUAUUUAACAUUAUUAUUAAUUGUUUGGUGUUUACCAGAAAUUUUAAUUACAAUAGCUGAUAUAUGUCAACAUGUAUGUGAAACACAUAUAGAAUAUGAAAUGAUAUGUGA